UAAAUUCUCCCACGAGUGAUUUCGGCGAGCAGUGGAGCGGCGGGCGCUCCAACAGAGAGAGGAAAAGGUGACGUAGUAAAACUCACUCCGGAAACUCCAAGCGAUGGGAUCGCGCGCGAAGAACGUGUCCUUACGCGAAGUUCUGGCGCGAGCAUGUUUUCGGAGAUUGUCCUCGGAGUGAUUCGCUCUCGUGCAUAAAACUGGAGGAAUCUGGCCAUUCCGGACCAGUCACAAGUGCACGAUCGUGCGCGGUGAACGAUCAACGGAACUCGAUAUUUUGGCAGUUCGUCGUAAACACGAAACCGCGUCUAUUUUUUCACUUGUGUUUUUCACCGUACUUAUUUAAGGGCUUUUCCGAGGGGAGAGAAAAUCGUCGAAGAUGCUGAAAUACGGUGCCUCCGUUCUGUUCGUCACUUUAGCCGUUACCGGCGUUAAUAGCUUCACUUUUCCGGAUGACUCCGCUCCAAGGACGUGGGGUGGUCGAGGAUACGACGAAGAUGAUUACGACGAUUCAGGAUCGUACGGGUAUCGCCCAUCGAAUUAUGAUCAUGGUUACCAUCAUGGGUACAACGAUAAUGAUUAUGGCAACUUUGGGGACUUCGGAGAAGGAUAUGGUGGCCAUGGGUAUGGCAACCAUGGAUAUGGUCACGGGGAUCUGGAUCGGCGUCCGAGCUACGGUGGUGUAAUCGGUCAGAGCGAGUCAAACGCUCAAGCUCACUCGUCAGGACACGGUGACGCCGGAGCUCAUUCUCAAAGCGGCUCGCAAUAUUUCAACGAUUUUUCACAGAACCAUGGACACGCUGGAUCUCGAGGGCGCCCUUUUCCGGCCGCUCAAUAUCCUUAUGAUGCAGGCCAUCAUUUGGGAGGUUCGAGUGCCUCGAGCGCGGCCUCGGCGAGUUCCGGCGUAGGGCAUGGGUUCGGGGGUGCUAGCGCUGCCGCAGCAUCAGCUUCUUCGUCCUCUUCUUCCGGUGGUUUUGCCAACAGACCGAGUCGGCCUUGGUUCCUCAGGAGCGGGGCAUCCGACGACGAUUCCGACGGCGGUGAACACGACGACUCUUCAGAGCCAGACAAUGACGGAAUCGCCUUUGACGAUCAAUGAAAACUUUUUGUGAUGUCGGUACGACUGUCGAAUCGCAUGCGAUCAAAAACCUUCGCGAAUCAUCGUUUUCGCUCGGUGCCAACAUAAAACUGGCUUUUGAUGAUACACUUUCACCGUUUACGGAAAUAAUACUCUGCCGGUCAGUGAUAAAAGCGACGAAACCGAUUCCAUGAGAAAAUUCUAUGAUUUCGUGUGGAAAAAAAUCCAACGCGUUCCAUCGAACCGAAACAAUUGACGAACCAUCAUUUUUCAUACGAAAAA